AUGGCUUCAAAACUACUCGUCGCGUUUGCGUACGUCCUGAUUCUUCUUCAAACGACUGUUCUUGGACAAGCUCCUGGCACCGAGCAGGUCUAUUGCGCGUCUCUAAACACUGGGUCAACUUUUGAAGCUGUCUAUAGUCUUUACCAAUCGUACGGAGCCUGCCGUGAUACCUGUGUUAGUAAAUACGCGUUCGGAGUCGUUCAAGGCAGAUACUGCUGGUGCUCAGACGCCGCCCCCGGAGACACCACCGACGUCAAGUCCUGUAACGAGAAUUGUCCUGGUUACCCUAAAGACAAAUGCGGAAGCACGAACAACAAACUCUUCGGUUACAUCCAACUCGAUAAAAAGCCGAGCACGACGAUAGGCGGUUCGACUACAACCACUUCGUCGGUUAGUACCUCUGGUUCCCUUGGACCCUCGACUGAUACCACCCCAACUCCUGCUCCUCUUCCAACUGCUACAUUUUCAAGUUCAUUGAUUUUUCGGCCACCUGUGUAUUCUUUGUCGACAUUUUUCUCUCUUUCGCGAGGCGUGCCUACACUCUCUGAAGACCCAGACUCCAGUUCUCUUGAUAUUCCAUGGACCUUUUUGACAACUGCUACUACACAGACUGGUCCUUCAACACCUCCGUCUUCGCCUCCCGCCCCAGUGACGAUUACUGUCGUGGACUCGCAGACAAGGAGCGGCACCACCACUCUUUCUACAGAAAAAUCACCCUCUCCAUCAUCUGCAACCGACAGCACCACUUCUUCUGCCGCCUCCUCCUCCUCCUCCUCCACGUCAACCCCUAAUGUCACUACCCAGACCCUUCCUGGAGCGACAGUCACUAUCCCUAACAACAAUCUUCCCAGUCAGACAGCCCAGCCUUCCACUGGCAAUAAAGGCCUCAGCGGUGGCGCGACAGCUGGGAUUGUCAUUGGCUCCCUUGCCCUUGUUGCUUUGAUUGGACUCAUUCUCUUUUUCUGGUUCUGCUACAGACGCAAGUCCAGUGAUUCUCAGAAGGAAGAAGCUGAUGAAUACUUGAACCCUUACUAUGAAAGGGCUGUCCCUCAACCCGUCUUCCGCCCUCCCCAUGGCAGCGGACCUAACAGAACGGGGCCAACUCUAACCAUCCCAUCAUCUAAUGACUCCCGCCUGAAGAACGGCAUCUAUCCAAAUGGCAGUCGUCGCAGCAACGUUUCUCUGCAGGACAACCAAGACUAUUCUCGCCCUGUCCGGCCUGCAUUGCGACUUACCAAUCCUGACCCCCCCGAGAACUAG